AUGCACGAAAGCUCAUGUUCACGCCAACAGCCAGCAUUAGCCACCAGCGCUGCUGCUACCGCCGCCGAGAUAUCAUACGAAGUCACGCUUGCCAUCCACAUAGAUGGCCUCCCGCAGCCGACGAGGCUGAGCCAAGCAGAAACCAGUCCCUGCCUUCAAGCCGAGGCAAAUGAUGAGGUAGCCAAAUGCCAGACUUCAGCAGAUGGUCCCCAUACCUCUUCCACUGUCAACUUAUCAACGUUGGUGGAUCACCAGGAACCACAAGGAGUCAACUCGCGGCUCUUGACGUGGACCGAUUAUUGGGAAUCCUGGAUAACCUUGUCGAAAGACUUCAUCUCGCCAGAGCCCAAUUGCUGGACAAAGAUGCCAAAGUGUCCCGACCAACACUAUCUAAAUGUCUUCGAUGAGAGGCACACAUGGAAGACGUAUAAAAAGUCAGCCACGGGAAUGACAAACCCGAGUUAUCCUCGCCGUCCAUUGCCUCCCUAUGAUGCAUAUCCGAAUCGUGUUGAGAAAAUGUUGGAGGCAUAUGGUCGUCCACUUGAAGAUAAUUCGUGGCGCUGGGAUAGUCGAAAUCGUGUAUGGUUGGAUGAGGAGGGGAGAGUCUUGCUAUCCGGUCCGGGACCAAGGUGA